AUGACUGCUAAGACUGUAAUAGAAGUGAGAAACACAUGCAUUGAGUUUUUGCAACUGAAAGCAGUUGCAGGGGAGAAGCCAUUCAAAUGCGAGUACGAAGGCUGUGAUAGAAGAUUUGCCAACAGUUCCGACCGCAAGAAGCACUCACACGUCCACACGAGUGAUAAGCCGUACAACUGUAAGAUCAGGGGCUGUGACAAGAGUUACACACAUCCGAGUUCACUGCGAAAACAUAUGAAAGUUCACGGCAAGUCUCCGCCACCGCCGGGCGCUCCCGGCUCUGCCAGUUCUGGUACCGGUUCUGGUUAUGAAAGUGACGGAACAAACAAUACUCAUAACAACAACACUAGUAAUACUCCAAACCCAGCAAUUCAUUCACACUCUCACAGCCACUCAUUCGGUGGCAACGCUAACAAUGCAAACGCAAGCAAUACAAUCGGUGGCAAUACUAACCAUAUGAAUGGUAUGAACGGCUCCAACAACGGCUCCACUGUUCUCUCGCCCAUCACUUCCAACAACACUGUCCUAUCGACUGGUCAUCACCCGACAAACCUCAGUGAAUGGUAUGUCUGCCAAUCAACGGCUGGUAUGCCUACACCACCCAGUAAUGAACACUCACCGGUAGGACAUCCAGGGGUCCCACUUCACCACCACCACCAUCAUCACCAUCAUCCACAUCCUCAUCUCCAUGCGGCCACUUCUUACUGA